UACUGCAAAAAUCGGAGGCCGAGAGAGACAGCGACCCCGCCCGAGUGACCCUUCCUCUGCCUCGGGCAGGUCGUCACCUCCCACCCUCACCUCCCCCAUGGACGACUUGACCUCUUCGUCGUCCUCUCCUCCACUACCCCGUUACUCCACUCCCACGCUUCCUCCUCCGACGCGCGCAUUCGCCCCCGCCCGCCCCGCACAAAGUUACCAUCUUUACUGCCAGCCGCUGCCGCUUGCUUCUUGUUCUCGGUGAGUUGGUUGCCGAGGCGCUGCGAUGCCAAGGACGGCGCGCGAGGGUGGCGUGGCGGUGGACGUGGAGGACCUCCUGGUCCGCGUCAAGAAUGGGACGGAGGCCGAGCUUGCCGACGUUGCGCGAGAGGUGGCCGCACUGGCCGAGGAGGGCAGGCUCGGGGAGGACGACGACGAGGAUGGGCUCCUCGUGCCGGCGCUGCUCGCGCGGCUCGCCGGCGCGGGGGGUGCCGAGGCUAGGGUCCGCGUCAUGGCCGCGCUGCGGCGGCUCGCGGGCUGCGUUGGCGGGGAGGGCAAGGAGAGGUUGGCAAGCAUCGAGGCACUUUCAAGCAUUGUGCGUUCUUUGUCCAGAGAUGUUGAUGAGAGAAAGGAAGCAAUUGCAGUGCUCUUGUAUCUGUCAGACAUCCCACAAGUUCGGCAGAGGAUUGGCAGGAUCAAAGGAUGUAUUGUAAUGUUAGUCACAUUGAGGAAUGCAGAUGAAUUAGGCACCAACGAUGAUGCAGAGAAGUUGCUACACAUUUUGUCGUUCAACCCACAAAAUGUGCUGUUGAUGGCAGAGGCUGGUUAUUUUCAACCAUUGAUACAGUACCUGAAAGAAGGUUCUGACAUGAACAAGGUCCUAAUGGCAACCGCUAUUUCAAAACUGUUCCUAUCUGAACAGAUGAAAUCUUCCCUUGGAGAAGAUGGAGCUGUUGAGCCCCUUGUGGAAAUGUUUAAAUAUGGAAAUCUUGAAGCCAAGCACUCAGCCUUAGGUGCCUUACGUAAUCUUUCUAGCUCUCUACAAAAUGCAGGACUUUUGAUAAAUUCUGGCAUAACAGGACCACUGCUCCAGCUUCUUUUCUCUGUGACAUCAGUGCUCAUGACCCUCAGAGAGCCAGCCUCAGCUAUACUUGCAGCUAUAGCACAAUCUGAACGUAUUCUACUACAUAAAGAUGUAGCUCCUCAGAUGCUCUCACUUCUUAAUUUAUCAAGUCCAGUAAUUCAACUUCAUCUUCUAAGAGCCCUAAAUAGUAUUUCUGGGCACACAAAUGCUAAAAGAGCCAGAAGUAAAAUUAGGCAAAAUGGAGGGGUGCAACUCCUCCUGCCAUUCCUAACAGAAAAGAAUGUGGAUAUCAAAAUUGCUGCUUUGAAUUUAAUGUUCCAUCUAUCAAAAGAUUCUUCUCAAGAAUUGGCGGAACAAUUGAGGGAGACUCAUCUAGAUAUUUUGGUAAAGAUUAUCUCUUCACCUACAUCUCGAGAUGAGAAGGCUGCAGCUGUCGGUAUCCUAAGCAACCUCCCAGUGACAGAUAAGAAGAUUACCGAGAUUCUCAUGCAAGCAAACUUGCUUCCUAUUCUGAUCUCCUUAUUUGAGGCAAACAUCAUAGCAUCUUUGACACCUCAAAGAAUGUGGAUGCUUGAGGGCAUUGCUGGUGUAUUUGUUCGGUUCACAGUUACUUGGGAUAAGAAACUACAGAGUUUGGCAGUUGGAUAUGGGGUGGUUCCUUGCCUUGUUAAGUUGCUUUUAGAAGGAUCAGUAGACGCCAAGUCCAAAGCAGCAACAUCCUUGUCUCAACUGUCACAGAGUUCAAUGGCACUGCGUAAGUCAAAGUUGCCAAGGUGGCUAUGUGUUCCUCCAUCAGCUGAAGUUUUCUGUAUAGUUCACAACUGCCAAUGCACUGUCAAAAGCACUUUUUGUUUAGUAAAAGCUGGUGCUGUCAGUCCUCUGGUAAGAAUACUAGAAGGUGAAGAGCGUGAAGCAGAUGGAGCAGUGUUGGAAGCACUGGCUACCCUUAUGCAGGAUGAGAUUUGGGAAAAUGGAAGUAUGGUGAUAGAAAAGGCAUCGGGAAUUCAUGCUUUGCUGAGAGUUGCUGAAGCGGGUGACCUGAGUGCCCAGGACAAGGCAAUAUGGAUGUUGGAGAGGAUUUUCCGGCUUGAAGCCCAUAGAGAGCGGUAUGGCGAAAUUGCACAGGCUUUGCUCAUUGAUCUUGCUCAGAAAGGAAGUCCUGUCCUGAAGCCAAUGAUUGGCAAGAUACUGGCUCACCUUGAGCUACUGCAAACACAAUCGAGCUACUUUUAAGCAAGCAAGGUAUUGAUGCAGAGAUACUGGCAGAAAAUCAGAAAAAUGACAUGGGUAACCGGCCAUCUGCAGUUAUGCAGGGCUAUGCCACUGCCAAUGGCUGUGUCGUCAGAAAUGUAGUGAUACACAAGGGAUGUGUAGUCAGACAAUCAUAUUUUGAACCAAAUGCUACAUUGAGCUCAUUUGGAAAGGUUCCAAGCAGCGGAUCUUCCUACUUGACCAGAAAGUUUUCUUCAGGAUUGCGCCAGAUUGUGCACUCUGAAUUGUGAACCGCUGUAAGUUCAUAACAGAUUGUUAGUUUUCGGAAGUCCAACGAAUUUUGCUCGAAAGAGGAAAAGAUGUUGUAUAGUUAGGCAUGAAUCACUCCUUGUUUGUCUGUAAAGUGAUAAUGGUUAUAGAUGAAAUAUAUGUCAAAAAGUUACCGUUUGUACAGCACACUUGUUCAACAGAGUAAUUUGCAAAAUAUUUCCUC